ACCUGUAGGCUGUGGAUCAGUGAGAGGGAGUCUCGGAGACGAGCAUUACAAGCUGCUGGAUAUACUGGGUGUCUGGAGGAGCGUUCCUAUAUAGUUGAGUGGAAGUAGUCUAAGAGAAAGUUGCUGUUUAAAGGUAUUUAUUUAGUCAGAGCUAAUAAAAAAGAAAUAGCAGCGAGACAGAGAACUAGGCACCAAGCCAGGUCAAAGUGACAUAGAGACACAGUGAGGAAAGAAGCACAGACACCGCUGCACAGAUAGAAGAGCUUUUCUUCUCUGAGAUGGUUUAAAUUUGCCAUUCCGUAUCGCUGACAUCAUUGCUAAGAAGCGUGACGGCUUGCCCCUUACAGCAGAAGAGAUUAAACAUGUGGUACAGGCAGCUACAAGAGGCCACGCUCAGGACAGCCAACUGGGUGCUUUGCUCAUGGCAGUCCGACUCCGUGGAAUGGACCCAGAGGAGACCCUAGCUCUAACCAAGGAGUUUGUGGCCUCUGGGUGUGUUUUACAGUGGCCAAAGGAAUGGAGUGGAAUUUUGGUGGACAAACAUUCUACAGGAGGCGUGGGGGACAAAGUCAGCUUGCCUCUGGCACCAGCACUUGCGGCUUGUGGCUGCAAGGUCCCUAUGAUCAGUGGCAGAGGGCUGGCACAUACAGGUGGAACUUUAGACAAGUUGGAGUCUAUUCCUGGUUUCAGCCCUGAGCAGAGUCCUGCACAGAUGUUAGAGAUCCUACGUUCAGUCGGGUGCUGUAUUGUUGGACAGUCUAAAGAUCUGGUGCCUGCUGAUAAGAUUUUCUAUGAGAUGCGGGAUGUGACAGCAACAGUGGACAGUCUGCCACUGAUUACAGCAUCUGUUAUCAGCAAGAAAGUUGCUGAGAAUGUUUCAGCCCUUAUCCUGGAUGUGAAGUUUGGUGAAGCAGCUCAGAGUCCAACCCUGGAAGAAGCAAGGAUUCUGGCAAAUAGCCUUGUCAGUGCUGGAGUCUCUCUUGGUAUACCAACAUCUGCCCUAGUCUCUAACAUGGAUAGUCCAAUUGGCCGUUGUGUGGGAAAUACACUUGAGGUGAUAGAGGCACUAGAGUGCAUGGAGGGUGCUGGUCCAGAUGACCUUCGAGAACUGGUGAUGCAUACAGGUGGUCAUCUUCUCUGGCUGUGUGGUCAGGCUUCUUCAGAAACCCAUGGUUCAGAGAAAAUUGCCAGAGCUCUGGCUGAUGGUUCAGCUCUGCAAUGUUUCCGUGGAAUGCUGGAAGCACAAGGAGUACCUUCUGAAAUAGCAAGGACACUUAGCUCUACUAGUAAUCUUCGUACAGCAUCCCAUCAAGAGCUGCUUAGGGUAGAAAAAUCAGGAACAGUGAAGCUGAUCCGAGCCAAACCCAUUGCAGAGACACUGAAUGCAUUGGGAGCUGGGCGAAGCAGAGCCAAUGAUCCAAUAAACCACAGUGUUGGGGCUGAGCUCCUGGUGAGCAUGGGCCAGCAUGUAGAGCAAGGAGACCCCUGGAUUAGAAUUCACUAUGAAAACCCUCAACUGCAAGAUGAACAGAGAAAAUAUCUUCAAGAAGCAAUUUGCAUUGCAGAGAUGCCUUGUUUCAUUCCUCUGCCACUGAUCAGGGAAAUCAUCCCUUCUCAAUGCGAGAAAGAAGAUGUGCUUGCUGUGCGAAGAGAAGGGGAGAUCAACUAAAAGAGGCAGUGCUCAAGGAACCCCCAUGGUCAUAUUAUCUGUAUUUUUAAAAAGUGUUGUUCUGAUAGCUGUGCACAGGGUUUUACACUGAGCUUAGAAUCGAAUAUUCAAAAACUGGUGCGCAGGGUGACAUGGUUAAUUGCACAGACAGAAAAAUUAAAUCAGGUUGAAUCAGGCUUGCACUGGAAUAAAUGUCAGCUCCAGGCAUUUUAGGAAGAUGGGACCUUACCGAAAUAUAUAGCAACCCCACCAAUAGCAUUCAGUGAUGUCUUGUUCAGCAGAUGGAACUGCAUUUUGACAUCCCUAAAGAAGAAACAAAAGUUCUCUAUCAUUCUUACACAAUGCAAUAAUAUUUCAGGUGUACAUUUUAUCAUCCUGGACAAGGUGACCCCUCUGAAGAUGGGGUACAGGGUAAAUUACAUCUAAGCUGUGCCAUUUUAGCUUUUUUGAUAUUCCAACUGACAAUCAGAGCAAAAUAAUAAUAAUCCAAUGAAUGGUGCUUUUGGUCCACUUUUUAGUAUUUAUAUAAUACAGAAGAGCCAUGAAUAAAAUUUGUCCUUAUAAACACUG